AUGACCAAAGUGGCUGUCCUUGGUGCCUCCGGCCAGAUUGGUCAACCUCUAAGUCUCCUCCUUAAAUCAAGUCGUCUGGUGACUGAGUUGAGGCUCUAUGAUAUCGUCCACUCCGUCGGUGUUGCCACCGAUCUAAACCACAUCGACACACCAGCCAAAGUCAGCGGGUACUUGCCAGCAGACAAUGGUCUUGAGAAGACCUUGACAGGAGCUGAACUCGUCAUAAUACCAGCUGGAAUCGCGCGCAAGCCGGGCAUGACCCGUGACGACCUCUUCAAGACCAACGCCAACGUCAUUUCCGAACUGCUCUCUGGCGUGGCCAAGUUCUGCCCCACCGCCUUUGUCGCCAUCAUUACGAAUCCAGUCAAUAGCACCCUACCCAUCGCCGUCGAGGUACUCAAGAAAGCCGGCGUGUAUAAUCCACGCAAGGUUUUCGGCGUCACGACCCUCGACGUCGUACGUGCGUCAACAUUUCUCGCCCACAUCUUGAGUGAGCAGGAUCCGCAGAAAUUCAAAGUCCCCGUGGUCGGCGGGCACUCCGGAGCAACCAUCUUGCCCCUGUUCAGUCAAAGCCAACCGGCGGUCGACUUGACCAGAGAGCAGUUGGAUGCGAUAACAUACCGCGUCCAAUUCGGUGGCGAUGAAAUCAUAAAGUCUAAGGCUGGCGCUGGCUCAGCCACCACUUGUAUGGCAUACGCCGGCUUUCGAUUUGCACAAGCCAUCAUCAAAGCGUCGAAAGGCGAGUCUGGGAUCAUUGAAGAGGCAUAUGUCUACCUUCCUGGCGUGCCUGGAGGCGAGGAGAUCGCAAAGAGCCUAGGCGUGGAGUAUUUUGCAGUGCCAAUCGAAUUUGAUUCAGAGGGCGCCAGCAAGGCGUUGCCUAUUGGAAAGCUGUCGGCGUACGAGGAAGAUUUGCUGAAGAUUGCGGUAGAAGAAUUGAAAGGCAAUGUGGCCAAGGGUGAAUCUCAUGUCAGGGGAGCGGCUGCCUAG